AUGAAAGGUGAUAAAGAAGUGAUGGCUGCUGAAGUUUGUGAGCUUUGCCGAAGAGAAGCUGAUGUCUUCUGCGACUCAGAUGCUGCGUUUCUUUGUUUCGACUGUGAUUCUAAUGUUCAUGAUGCUAACUUCCUUGUUGCUCGUCAUCUCCGCCGUGUAAUCUGCUCCGGUUGUAAGUCUGUCACCGGGAAUUCAUUCUCCGGCACCACCCCAUCUCUUCGACAUGUCACCUGCUUCUCUUGCUCGCCCGAAAACAAAGAAUUGGACUCCAUCUCUUGCUCUUCUUCUAGUACUUUAUCCUCUGCUUGCAUUUCAAGCACCGAAAAGACGGCGUCGCGCUUUGAGGACGGAAGAAAAAGAGCGAAAACCAUCUCUUUUCGCUCGGUGACGGAUAUUCCGGCCAGAAGCCGAGGAGAUAAGUUGAAGAGAUCAAGGAAUUUGAGGUCAGAGGGUGUUUUUACGAGUUGGUGCAAAAGGCUGGGGCUAAAUGGUAAUCUGGUGGUACAGAGGGCCACUCAGGCGAUGGCACUGUGCUUUGGGAGGUUAGCUUCGCCGUUCAGAGUGAGCUUAGCUGCGUCGUUCUGGUUCGGAGUCAGAUUAUCCGGGGACAAGUCCGCCGCAACGUCUCAAAAUCUGAGAAGGUUGGAGGAGAUAUCAGGGGUGCCCUGUAAGCUGAUCGUCACCGUUGAAAUGAAGAUAGAACAGGCGUUGCGAAGCCGGAGAUUGCAGCCACAGAAAAACAUGGAAGAAGGGUCGGCUGAGUCCUCUGCGUGA